GUCGAGAUCUUCAAGGAAUAAUGGCCGGUCCGAGUGUUGUUAGAGGCCACUAGUGGCGAUUACUUUGUCUUGGAAGAAAGAGCUAGCUGAAAUUACUUCAGUGGUACCGAAAACGUUGGAACAUUCUUGAAUAAGAAUAGUUUAUUUCAUUGACAGGCGUAAACAUUUGGACAUGAAUUCUGACGAAUAUAUAAAUUUACCCCAAUAUAUUUCUGAUGAGUGGUGUGGAGAGAGUAGCGGAAGUGAAGAUUUAAUUACUGACUAUAUAGGGGGUGAAGAAAUGAGUGAGAGACAUAGCGCUUCUGGUCCAUCACCCCUUGUUCCUACAAUAAGUGUAACACCUCUUUCACUUGCAGAAAAGGAUUAUCCCAUACUUGAAGACAAUCUGCAGCAGCUGCAUUACAUCCAUGAAAGUGUACAGCAGAUGAGAGAACUAAUAGUCCAACCUGUAAGAAGUCAAGAAGCAAGCAGGUUAAGUGCUUCAUGCCCAUCUCUCAAUGAUGCUGGAUCUGACCCUGACUUAGUUUCCAGCUUAAAUUCAACUCCUCCCCAAAUUUUGACAUUGACAACACCUGCCACCACCCACUCAUUACCUCAUAAAAGAGGUUCAGGUGAGUGGAAACUGUAUAGAAGAAAUAUGGGUUUGCAAGGUGAUAUUGAAGUUUCACGAAGAAGAAGUUGGUCUGCAUUAGAAGAUCUUACACACUAUAAGGAUUCUACUAAGGCCAGUUGUCACAGAAGUGGUAAUGAAUUAUGUGGUGUCAGCUUAAACAGUGUGGAAUCUGAUAUGGAUGAUCCAUUCUGUGAAAGUACAACUAAUCUUUUAGGAACACAUGAAGUUACUUCAAGAGUUCGGCAAACACAUACUCAUAUCAAUUCAUCCACUCAUUCUCUUAAUGAAGCAGAAUUUCAUAAUGUUUUCAAGAAAGUUGAAUCUAAAAGUGAAGCUGAAACUAGACUAAUUAAUGCUCGCAUUAGUUUACCUCUUCAAAAAUCUGUGACAGUUAAUGAUCUAGAUACUGACCCAUUUUUAGGACUACAAGACGAAGAACCAGAUUCCUGGACCUCUACCGUUACCAAGGAGGUAAUGAAGGAAUUGAACAAAAAGGAGAUUAAGAGACAGGAACACUACUACGAAUUUAUUAUGACAGAAAAAAACCAUUGCCUUACGUUAAGAGUCAUGCAGAAGGUUUUUGUUGAAGGUUUACAGAAAUAUUUGAAAUUUGGAGCUAACGUGCAAAGAAUGUUCCCUCGAUUAGUUGAUUUGAGUGAAAUUCAUUUGGGGUUUCUUCACAAAUUAAGAACACGUCAGAGAGAGGCUCCAGUUAUACAAUAUUUGGGUGAUAUUCUUGAAUCUCAGUUCAGUGGUGCUUGUGCUGAACGUUUAAAGGCAGUUUAUGGCGAAUUUUGUUCAAAUCAUCAUAAUGCCAUAAGUAUUUAUAAAGAUUAUAUACAGCAUGAUACAAGAUUUGCUGAAUUCAUCAAAAACUGCCAGGCUAAUCCUUUACUUAAGAAAAAAGGCAUUCCAGAAUGUAUAUUAUUUGUUACUCAACGUUUAACCAAAUACCCACUCUUAAUUGAUGCAUUGAUUAAAAUGACUAAGGACAAUGAAGAAGAACAGGGAAGGCUUGAGAGGUCAUUAACUUUAGUCAAGGAAAUAUUAGUUGAAGUUGAUGCUCAAGUUGCUGAAAAGGAGAAAGAAGAUAGGAAGCUCGAAAUAUAUAAUAAACUUGAAGCUAAAUCCUACGCUAUCCACAGAGGUCAUAAAUUUAAAAAAGCUGAUAUAUUAGGAGCAAACAGAAAGUUGAGGUUCGAAGGCAUUGCCAUGUUAAUGCAAGGUCGUGGGAAAAUGCAAGUAGUAUUGGUAAUAGUAUUUUCUGAUGUUUUAUGUUUCUUGCUUGAAAACAACCAUAAGUACUCAUUCUUCACUCCAGAAAAUAAGGAUGGUGUUGUGUCUCUUCAAAAACUACUUGUGAGAGAGAAGGCCGGUCAAGAAUCAAGAGGAAUCUAUCUGAUUUCAUCAAAUCCAAAUGAACCAGAAAUGUUUGAACUCAAAGUUCAUAAUCCAAAAGACAAACAAGUAUGGAUUAAAGCAAUAAGAGCAGCAGUGCAAAAUUGUCCUGAAGAUGAUAAAGAAAGCAGAGGACUUGUUUUAAGUGCUGAAGAAAAACAGAAACAGUUUGAUACUAAACAAAAACAUAUAAAAGAAAUUGUAGAAAUUCUUAGACAAAAAGAUCACGAACAAGCACAAAUCUUAGAGGAAAAAAUGGCCCUACAAUUGAAACUCUUGGCAACUGCUGGUCUAGAAAACGUCCCUGAGAGGCCUAAUUACAUGUCUUUAGUGUCCGAACAAUUGGAUAACAUAAAAAUAAGAAAAGAUGUUCUAACAGCAGUCAAGAAUCUAAAUCAAUUGGCAAAGUCCUUAUAUACCUCAGCUACAAAUUUAUCUCAAAGUGCCAGUUCAGUUGGUGAACGACAAAUCGAAUCUUGUAUUUCACCUACUUCAUCUGUACGUGCUGAAACUUUGGGUGGUUUAGAGAAUCAAGAUGCAGAAGAUGAUUUUGAGUCUCCUCUACUUCUUAUGACUGGUCAAGACCACCAGCUAGCUGCUACAGAACUUUCUCAUCAUGUAUACACUCUUUCAUGCAUAAUUUCUCAACAAAUGACAACUAUUGAUAGCCUGGAAGCUGAUCUAACAACUUUAAAGUCUCAUUUAGGAGAUUCAGGAAAAACAACGUACAGACACAAUCAACAACUAGAGGAGCUUCGAAAUCUGCAAGAUAAAUUGCAAAGCGAAAAAGAAAUAUGGCAAAGAGAAAGAGACAGUGAACUUAAUGAGCUGGAACAACGGAGAGAAGAAUUAUUGCAAUUGCAGGAGCAAAUUCGCCUUGAACAGGCAGACAUCAUUCAACAAAGAGAAAAACUUUACAGAAAAUUAGAAACACUUAGUAGCCAAGGUAUUGUGAUGAGUCCUACAUUAGCUGGAGCUACUACAUCACCAGACGAUAUUUCUUGGACUAAUACACUUAUACAUACUCCUCCCAGUGAUCGUAAAAGGAAAUCUGAUUCCAUGAAGUGGAAGUCAAGUACUGUAAACAAAUCUGCAACAUUGCCUCUUAAUCUAAUUAGUACUACAAACCAACAAAAAGUGUCAUCAAAUGUACAAAUCAAACAGCAGUUACCUUUAAAACUCUCAACUAAGUUAGGAAACAGUGGUAACAGUACUGUUGCUUCUGCUACUGGAUCUCAACAAAUGCUUCCACUCAAAUUAAGAGAAGGGACAGGAGGAGAUGCUAAAAAAACUAGUGCUUUAAGUACAACUCCUCAACUUCCAUCUCAUUCAAGAACUGGUUCGAGUCCAGCAACGAUGCAGAACAUUCAGGGAGAGUCUAAAGCUGGAGUUAAAGCAGCUCGUACCAAUACUUACCCCAAACUCCCUGAUAAAUUCAGAAUAAGGUCUUCUGAAGCGAAUCAAAUUCCUACUUAUAAUACUGAAGAAGUUAUUUUUUUCUAAUAUUUAAGUACUUUUUCUAAUUAUUGUACAUUUAUACAUAUUAUUAAAAAUUUUCAUAUUAAAUAAAAUGUAAAUAAAAUAUUUUAACUUAUUAUAUAUUUGUAUAUUAAUUGAUUUUAUUUUUAAAUUAAUAUUGACACAAACAAAUUUAUUCAAGCAUGUAUAUGUUUUGCUAUGGUGAUAGUGAAAUAACAAAUAAAUGCUUGUGUGAAAUUGAAUAUAAAUAUAUAAACUUUCAUCAAAUUUAUCUGAAUGAUUUUAUUUCUUAAUAACUCAUGGCCGAAAUUAUCUACUCGUUAACUGAAUAUUUUUACUUUAAAUGUAUAAAUAAAUGUAUUAACGCUUUCAAACUGAAUACUAAUGUAAAUAGAUCAUGUCAUGUUAUUCUUAAAGAAACAUUUUUACAUUUUACUGUUUCACAAGAUAUGACUCUAUGUUAGUAAUAUUGAAAGACUAUUUUGAUAUAUUUUCUAAUUU